AUUUGCGAGCGAAUUAGUAAGAAGGGGCGAGUGAGUAACUGAACGUUCGAUAAUGUCCCAGCAGUAGGAGGCAAAAGUGGUAGGAAUAGCAGACUGACAAGCGCCAUUCAGUUGAGGCGAGUGGAGCUGCACGCAACAUAGAAGGCGAGAGAACCAAAGCAAUAUAUAUAUAUAAUAUAUAAAAUAUAUACACACACACACACAUACAUAUAUAUAUAUACGUAUAUACGUACAUACACGCACGUACAGGCACACAGAUACAUAUACAAAUCUUGUUACACUCUCGCGCGCACACACAGACGGAGCAAGGUAUAUAGACACAAACAUAUAUAUAUAUAAAUAUAUAUAUACACACACACACACAUAUAUAUAUAUAUACAUAUAUAUAAACACACCCAUAUAUAUAUAUGCGCACACACUUAUACUGAGGUGUGUGUGGUGUAACUGAAGCAAUAUUUGGAGAUUUUGUCUGAACUAAGUCAGCAUUUAUCAUUUUACUCGUGAAGUAACGCUCACUUCCACUCUGUAUCACCUUGAUUGUUUUUUUUUCUUCCCCCACCACCUUGGAAUUUUUUAGUUUUUUUUUUAUUUUCGUUUUCAAAUCUUUUUUUUUUUUUAACUUGUGAACCCUGGCUUGCACGCUUUAACCAUUCUUCGACAACAAUCGGCUAUUUACUUACUUUACGCCAUGGCAAAACUAGAACUAUUAACAAUGAAGAUAUUCAUCUUUGGAGUACUUAUCUCCAUGUUUGCAGCCGCAAAAGCAGAUGAUAAACUAUUAAUAAGGCCUCAUCCUAUGACAGUGAAAGAAGGACAGUCUUUCAAAUUAGUCUGUGAAUUACACUUAGAAUCCAUGUCAAACCUCCUAAAAAAUGCUUUGGUUUGGAAACAUAACAAUGAAAAGCUGACCUUCAAUGAAAGGGUUGAAGGAGAAUUCAAUGAAACCUACAAAGUGAACACCACUGUUGUUAUAACGCCUAUAGUUUAUACUUCAGAACUGGAAAUUUUAAAAGUGUCUCCUUCAAAUGAUGGGAACUAUACAUGCGAAUCACAUAAAAAAGUUGCCAAUAACUUCCAGGUUUUUAACAAAGCUGUAACAGACAUUGUUGUUCUACAGGAUAUUGGUGAGCUUGUGUUAACAGUUGGUACAACAGAAAUCACUGCCAAAAAUUCAGGACUGAGGGUAAAUAUUCCUGAGACAGGUCAGAAAUUUGUUUGUAGAACAAGAGGAAGCAACCCCAAACCAAUAAUUCAUUUUUAUUUGGAUGGUAAGGAUAUGAAAAAUGAGUGGGAACCAGCAGACAUAUCCAGCUAUGUUAGAGUUACAUCUGGUGCCAAAAGUGGUGUAAGAUCUCACUCCAGCGAGCUGGUAGCUGAAGGUAAAGUUCUCAUCAAGAAAUCCAACAAAGUUAGAAGUCUGUCCUGUACAGCUGAAAUGGAGGGAAGUGCCUUUAAAGUGAAAACUGUUACUGCCAAUAUUUCUUUUGCUUUUGAUCCACAAUUCACUUGUAAAAACAAAUCAGCAAUCCUAAAUGAUCGUUAUGUAACAUUAGAAUGUGAAGUUGAGGCCAAUCCACCAAUCACAAAGCAUGCUUGGAGAUAUGGAGAUGUUUCAGUGGUAGAACCAAAUAAUGAAACUGUUGAAUAUACUCAAUCAGAAGAGGUUGUAGACGGUGUGCACAGAGUUACACUGACAAUUGAUAAAGUUUUGAAACGCCAUUUCAACACAACUUUCUUCCUAGAAGUUGAAACUGAAGAUAAUAAAGUUCACACUCACCCUGUAAGGUUAACUGAAAAACAAUGGUCUUCUGCUUCAACUAGGCAUUAUCAAGAAUUCCUUUUCACAGCACUGCUAACUUUAACUGCUAAGAUUCUGACCAACUGAUUUGUAGGUGCUUAAAACAAGGGAAUGGCUGGGUUUUAGCAGAUGAAUUAAGGACCAAAGUGAAAACAAAAACAGUCGAGUGAAUGGAUAUGUCUGAGUGUAUAUAAAGUAAAAAAAAAAAAUUUAAUAAAAAAUUCAAACAAACAACUAAAAAAACUACUGUGCAGGAUGAAUUGGCUGCAGUGAGAAUGAAAACUGAGCAAGUUACCUAGGAAAUCACCAUCAAAUCACCACAAACUAUCUGAAAUACUCACAAGCUCUGAUCUUUUAAAAUUAUUAACACCCUGCCAGAAUAUUUCUUAUAACAGUGACUGUAUCAAUAACUACUACCAACCACCACUGGUAUUGCUACUUUUCCCUUCGCCUAUAGUUAAAUGUCAUUGUUUUACAAAUACUCUUACAUUUUAUAAGCAAGAAAAAUAAUUGAUUUCCUUUAUUUUUUAUGUAAUAUUCUUCCAGUUUUUAAAGUAAGAGGUGUAUGUAUGUAUAUAUAUAUGCAUACAUUUGUAUGUAUAUAUAUAAAUACACAUAUAUAUAUUCAUACUCAUAUGUGUAUAUCUAUAUUUAUUCACAUGUACAUAUAUAGAUGUUUACAUUUAUAAACAUAUGUAAAUAUAAAUAUAUAUAUAUAUAUGCAUAUACAUAUUCACAUUUAUAUACAUACAUGUGUAUAUAUAUAUAUAUAUAUAUAUAUAUAUAUAUAUUUAUAUAUAUACUGUAUGUGUAUGUUUGUGUGUACUUAAUUAUAUGACAGUAGGUGUAUACAUGUACACAUGUGUAUGCACAUAUUUAAGGAUAUAUCUAUAUUAUAUGUACUAUGUGCAAACAACAACAUACAAAUACAAAUAUUUGUUAGUAUUUUGCUUUCAUUUUCAUUUGUUCUUUUUUUCUUUAAUUUUGAAGGCUACAUAGUGAGUGUUACAUUGAUAUGAGUUAUUGAAAAUUAUUAUGAGAAAGGAAAGAGGAUAGGAGAGAAAGACAGUGUGGAAGAAAAUAUUUGUCUUUCUCAUAGCCUAUUCCUUUUCUUUUAUUGCUGACACUGAUCAAGCCAAGAAUGAUAUGAAGUCUGGCUCAUUCAGGGAAAUUGGUUAUUCAUCUUUGCUUGAAUCUAGGUUUUAGUUUGAUACAGUUGUUGUUAGAUGAUGAGUAUGAUGUCUAGAGAAAGAGAGAGAUAUAGAAAUACAUUCAGACUCAGAGUACACUGUUUAACUUUUCUUUUGAUUUUCUGCUUUGUAAAUGUUUUGACCAAUGCCCCUUUCCAACCUAUUCAACAUUGUUUCACCAUUAAAAUCAAAUUGCUUUACUACUUGUGGAGGUGAGUUCAAUCUUAUCGAUGGCUUUAAAAACAUUUUGUAAUCCUAUAAGAGUUACAAAAAUGCAUUUUAAUAUCUUCCCACAUGCAGGCAUUUUGUAUUCAUCUCCUUAAGAUACAAUAUAUAUACACACAUACAUGCAUUAUACAUAUGUAUAAUCCAGACAUAUAGUCAACAUAUGGAGAUAUUGCUUAUCUAAUGAUAGAAAUAUAACAUACAACUCUUAAUGCAUGUGUACAGCUUAAUUUAUGAAGCUACCAUAGAUUCUCUUCAAUUUACUUCUGCCAAGAUGUUUUUCUUUGUUUAAUACUGUAUUUUAGUUCAUUUUAUGAGUUCUCUAAAAUUAAUUCACCUCCAACUGUUUUCUCUUAAUUUAAGAUUUCUUUUGCAUUUCUUGGAAAUUCAAAAAUUAAAAUAAAAUAAUUUAAAGGAGCUUCCAUUUCCAGUUGAGAGUAGUGUUUCCUGCUCAGUAAUCAUAUAUAUGUAUAUAUUCAUGUAUAAUAUAUAUACAUACUUGCAUAUACCUAUGCAUGUUUAUAUAUGUAAGUAUAUACUUAUAUAUAUACAUGUAAAUAUAUCAAUAUAAAUAUAUGAAUAUAAAUAUUCAUAUAUAUGUGCGUAUAUAUAUGUAUAUAUAUAUGUAUGUGUAUAUGUGUGUGUAUAUACAUACAUAUAUAUAUGUAUAUAUAUAUAUAUAUAUAUAUAUAUAUAUAUAUAUAUAUAUAUAUAUAUAUAUAUAUAUGUAUAUCAUAUGUUACAUCGCAAGUCUAUUAAGAAAAGGAAAAUAUGUAAUAUACAUUGUUUGUUAUUAGAUCAGAAAAUUUCAUCUGUAUCUGAUUUGUAUAACAAAUAGAUCUAACUUCACACUUAUUGUAUGUACAUAUUGGCAACUAUAUGGCUGCAUGUAUGUAUGUUUGUACAUACACACAAAUACAUCUUUCUAUGCUUAAUAUUAUAACUGCAUGAAAAUAGAAAUGGUACAUUUAUGAAUCACAAUUACCUGUUUACAUAUACAUACAUAUACACAUACAUAGAUACAUAUAUACAUACCUAUCUAUAUGUAUGUAUGUAUAUAUAUGAGUGUAUAUAUAUAUGUGUGUGUGUAUAUAAUUAUAUAUAUAAUAUAUAAUUUAUAAAUAUAUAUAUGAUGUAUAUAUAUAUAUAUACAUAUUCUUUUUAACCUUUUUGUCUACAUUCUCUUUGGAAUGUACUCUGUAGUGUGAUGUAUAAAUAUAGUUUCUCACUGGCAUUCUCAUUGACAACUUAUUUUUGUUAUCAUUACAACAUUUACAAUUGAUAACUAUUAGAAUGUGGGAGAGGAGUAUUUGAUAGUAAUUCUGAAACUGGGGACUCUGCCUUAGUGAAUAUAGACUAUAUGACAUACCUGGGACUUGCCCAGCCGAAUAUCAGAUCUCUGACAGAUUUGGGACCCUGCUUGAGGAAACACAUUUUUGAAAUAGCUUGUGUCUGCACUCGAAAGACGUUGUUUUCUUAGAGAACAGGUAUCUGUCCCAAGUAAACAUGGUGUCUCUGAGAAACUUAAAACUUCCUCAGAAAGAUAAUAUUUGCAUUUCUGUCCUUGAUAUUCUUCUAUUCUUUUUUGUUUUUUUUUUAUUCUUUGUCUCUCCUUCCUUCUUUGACCAUUCUUUUCAGGAAAAUUUCUAAAAUUUUCAGUGAAGCAGUUGAAAACACAGUUUUGUGGUUGUGUUAAUAAUAAAUUGCACUAGAAAUUUUAGAAUUUCCCGCUGCUUAAAUGUGUAAAAAUGAUUUUUUUUUUUUUAAAAAAAAGGAAAAAAAGCUAGUAAUAUCUGCUCAAUCUUUUGUUUUAUUUUUUAAAUGAAAACAAAAAUCAAACAAAAAUAAAAUCAUGUAAAUUUUCUCUUUUCUUUUUCAUUCAACUACCCAAGAGUACAUAUUCUUUUGCUUUCCGAUUAUUGACUGAAGAUAUGUUGCUUGACAUAACAUUAGAAGUUAUAGAUAUACAAAACUUGUUUCUUUCACUUUUUUUCAUUUUAUUUUUUUAAUCUGCUACAUUCAAAUUCAAUCUGAUCCAAAGAGCUUUGGCUGUUGUUCUUAAAAUUAAGGUUAAAUUGUCAUGUGGUUUUGUAUGUUUAAAUUAUAUAAGAUAAACACUUUAUUGUUACAUGGGACCAAAUCAUAUAGUAACUUUGUUUUCAUUUUAGUUGAAAUAAUAUAAAGGCUUCAGUUUCCUUUUUUCAUUUGUUUCAUUCAUACAAUUAGUGUUGAAUGGCCAAUAGGUGUAAUAAGAUCAAUGACGAUCAUAAAUUAUGUUGAAAUGAUAAUUACAAAAUAUUAAAUCCCAAUGAUGCAUUUGCUAGUAGGUCUUCUUCACCUGUCACUUCUUCCCUCUUUGUUGAAAUUGAUGUACAUUUUCAGCUGUUUACUCUCAAGGUUCUUGUAGGUGUCAUCAUGUAUUUCUUAAGAUUUUCGUUUGGAACUGAAAUAUAUUUCCCAAAAUAUUCAUAUGUGUGAGAAUGUAUAUUUAUGGACAGAUAUACUAAGAACAACUCUUUGAAAGAAAAACAUCCUAAAAUUUCUACUGAAUAUAUGGAAAAUCUUGAAUGAGUCAUAAAGGCAACAAAUGGAAAGCUUUUCUUCUAAGAUUCUUUCAAACAAGAUUUUCAAAGCUAAAUGUGUGCACGAUUUUAGUUUUCUGAUACAACAGGAUGAAAAUGAAGAUAUUGUACAAAAUAGUGAGUGCCUGCAGCUUAUUAAUUUUGUUUUUAUUUUUUGCAUAACUACAAUGUUUUUUUUUUAUUUAUUUAUUCAUUUAUUUCGCUUUAAUCAAGAUCUUAUAGUAUAUUUUGCCAUUUUGUUUUAAUCUUAUGAAAAUAAAAUUUGGUCUUAAUUAUGAUGUCAACAAAAAUCAGAAUGUUUGUCACAGCUCUCUUUAUUUUUAAUUUUUUAAAUCUAUAUUAUUGACAAUGAUGAUGAUGAUGAUGAUGAUAAUGAUGUUCUGAGCUAAAUAUAUUGAUGUUGCCACAUGACGCAUAAAUAGCAAUAAAUCAUAUUAUUAUGGAGUAAUAAAACUUAUUCUUCUUGUACUCUUUAUCAAUAUUUUCUGCCUCACACAUACAUACACACACAUACAUUCACACACAUACAUCACUCACAUAUGCAUGAGCAUCCAAAAUACAUACUUAAUGCAAAGGGAUCAAUAAACAGGCAUUGUUUUGCCUAACAUAUAACAAGGCUCAAUAGCGACAAGUUCGCAAAUAUGUAUUACUGUUCUUUGCACUAGUAUCACCAAUAGUAAUCCUAGUGUGUCCCUUUUCAGAUUGUUUCUCAAACUGUUUUAUGUGUUUUCACUUUGCCAAUAUGUAACCACACACAACUUCUCUACAUUACUUCAAUAGCUGAUAUUUUAGUGCAGCAUGAAAUCAAAGAAAAAUGUGCUAUUAAUAGGAGAGUUUUGGGCAAUUAUUCUUUGAAAUUGAGAUAAUGGUUACAAUUAACAUAUUCUAAAUAGAAAUAAUAUGGGAUUUAAGGGCCAAAAUAGUUGAUACUAAAAAUAUUUUUCACGCUUACAUCAUUAUCUAUGUAUAGCUGUAGGUUUAAACUUUUCUCUCAUUAGAGAUAUAUUGAAAUAUACUGCUGCAGAAGAAAUAUAAUAUUUAUGGAUAACCUUUUUUUUAUUAUUAUUUUGAUGCCUACCAAUUUAAUUGGAUCACUUACAGUCCUCAACUGAGUGUUUGUCAGGUGUAAAUUUCCUCUAUAAAAGCAUGCUAUGAAUAAUACCACAAGCUAAUUAUUGCAGUUAAUUUACAUUCCUCUAAACAUGCUUUACAAAUAAAACAGAAAGGGGAAGCAUUAUUUAUUGACUCCACCCCCAUCUAAAGAGAUGUUCCUGUUAAAUAGACAUUAAGGGUGACAUUCAACCAAUGAUCUCUGAAAUCUUGUUGCAGCAACUCUUUUAUUUAUGCUAUUUUUUUAAACUUAAAAACUGAGCUAAUAGAAUAAAAUAAUCAGCUAUUUCUUUGUUUGUAUAGCACAUGUGAAAUAAAUUUAGAUUUAAUUUCUUAUUGUUUCAAAUAAAAGAUUUUUCUUUA